UUAAUAGCUGACGCGGGUGGGGAAUUUUUCUAGGUUUGACUGCGAGAGUGAGAGAGGAAAGCGACCACCUUGAUUCAAAGCAAGGCGACCGAGAGAGGGCGGCGAUUGCCGGCGGCCAGGGUGAUGCCGUCGUCCUCGAUUGGUUCCGCCUGUUCACGCGGCGGAGGGACUCGACGGAGCGGCACCGCAGCUAGGUCGCCGGUGCCGUAUCGUGAGCAGCCGAUGGAGUAUGAGCCGGCGAUUUACUGCAGCCAGUGCGGGAGGAAGGCGCCGCGGUGGAUAUCAUGGAGUGCGGCGAAUCCUGGAAGGCGAUACUAUGCGUGCGUUGAAGCUCAGCAUGGGUUCAUUGAGUGGCACAACGGCCCAACAUCUCCAUUCCUGCGUGUAUUGUUGGGUGAUCUUCGAGAUAGGAUAUGGCAGCUAGAGGAUUAUGGAGCAGCAAUCUGUAAAGAUGGAGAUGCAGGUGUUGGUGCAUCCUGUGUGGAACUACAGAAGAGAAAUGAGCAAACUGUAGUGGAUGACACUGGUGCUUCAGUUAGUGAUAAUUGUGUUAAGAAAGGCUUCAUGUUGGUCUGUGGCAUUAUGAUAUUUGUGUCAGUUUUAGUUGUGGGGAUCAUCUUAUCCUAGUUCAUGUGGCACAAAUGGAUGUGAGGCAAUGUAAUGAAUUCAGAAAAUGUACUGAAUCCAGUUGUUACAU